AUGAAUGAUUAUAAGAAUUUCUUUGGAUCAUCUAAGAUAACAGAAGAGGAUUCUAGGGGUCAGACCUCACAGUGUUCAAUGAAUGGUCGUUGGAUAUCUUCUAAAGAAGGUACUACCGCUGACUGUAGACAUUUCAAAACGUCAAGUGGAUGCGGUGAACUAAUUUGUUCUACUGUUCGCGAAAACAUGGUUUCUGACCAAGAUAAUGGCAUCAUAUCUGGGAAAAACUGCGACAAGUUGGAAAUUUUUGGUAUGAAAGGCCAAAUAGUAUGCGGUCUUAUCACCUGGAUUGUAGAAGAAGGCAUACACGAUGCUUGGUACAAACAUAGUUAA